UCUCCAGAGCCGUGUCACUAAGGAAGUCCAGUUCAUGUUUUUCACUUGCCACUUGCGCAUAAAGAGCAACCCAACCCGUUACAUCUGUAAUGAUGCUGUUUCCGGAAACUCUGUUCUAUUAGUGAUUCCAUUACCAUUAACGAUGGGCCAGUGAGAAAAGCAAAGAAUUGCUUGCCAAGUCUGCAAGACUGAGAGGUCCCCGAGGAAUUCCUAGAAACCGCGAGAUCGGCGAGACGGGUUUUCCGUUUUAGCACUUGGGGUUUCUCGUUUUCGAGCCAUCCAUAUGGAGAAAGGAGACUAGCCAUGUUGGGAUGAGAACUUAUCUUUUUGGAACGUGUAGAUUUGCUAGUUCCUUAUAUAUAGUCAGAUAGCGAAGGAACGAGCAUUUUUGCAGACCGAGCGAGCAACCAUGGCGAUCAACGAGGACAUCGAGAAUCACGAAACCAGGGAGAGAGAAGGAGCGCGGGAGCCACUCCUUGUGCUGCGAGAGAAGGACCGAGCUGGGGAAGAUGAAGGAGCCGAUCAGGGUCGCCCGUGGAUGGUCUACUUCAGCACAUUCGUUGCGGUUUGCGGUUCCUAUGAGUUUGGGGCCUGCGCAGGUUAUUCAUCACCAACUCAGGAAGCUAUAGUGGAGGAACUUAGUCUCUCUACAGCUGAGUAUUCAGUCUUCGGAUCCAUACUGACAUUCGGUGCAAUGAUUGGCGCGAUUACCGGAGGACCAAUUGCUGAUUUUAUCGGCCGUAAAGGGGUGAUGAGAAUGGCGAGCGCUUUUUGUGUAGCAGGAUGGCUUGCUAUUUACUUUGCUGAGGGAGCACUUGCUCUGGAUAUCGGAAGGUUGGCCACAGGAUAUGGAAUGGGAGUCUUUUCCUAUGUGGUACCGAUAUUUAUAGCUGAAAUUACGCCGAAAGAUCUCCGUGGAGCUUUGACUGCUGUUAAUCAGCUUAUGAUCUGUGCCGCAGUGUCCGUUUCCUUCAUAAUUGGGACAGUAUUAGCUUGGAGGGUUUUGGCAUUAAUUGGUCUAAUCCCAUGUGCAGUCCUACUGUUCGGCCUGUUUUUCAUUCCAGAGUCUCCUAGAUGGCUGUUGAAAAGGGGCCGCGAAAAGGAGUUUGAAGCUGCGCUGCAGAAACUCCGUGGAAAGGAUGUGGAUAUUUCUGAAGAGGCCGCUGAAAUACAAGACUAUAUCGAAACUCUUCAACGGCUCCCGAAAGCCAGCAUGCUGGAUUUGUUUCAGAGAAGAUAUCUGAGCUCCGUCAUCAUUGGUGUUGGAUUGAUGGUCGUCCAGCAGUUCGGAGGGAUAAAUGGCAUCUGUUUCUAUACAAGUUAUAUUUUCGAGGAAGCAGGUUUCUCCUCCAGUGUUGGAACAAUAAGUUACGCGAUCCUCCAGGUUAUUGUCACGGCUAUUGGCGCUGCACUGGUCGAUAGAGCCGGAAGAAAGCCCCUUCUCUUGAUCUCGGGGACAGGAUUGGUUCUGGGAUGCAUACUAACUGCCCUUUCAUUUUAUCUAAAGGUUCAUGACCUGGCAGCUGAUGCUGUCCCGAUACUCGCCGUCACUGGCAUUCUGCUGUACAUAGCAGCAUUUUCGGUCGGAAUGGGGGCGGUUCCUUGGGUCGUGAUGUCUGAGAUAUUCCCCAUUAACAUCAAAGGAGCUGCUGGAGGUUUCGCGACACUGGUGAACUGGUUCGGUGCUUGGGCAGUUUCCUACACUUUCAACUACUUAAUGAGCUGGAGCUCCUACGGUACCUUCCUUCUUUAUGCGGCGAUCAACGCUGCGGGGAUGGUGUUCGUGAUCAUGGUGGUCCCCGAAACGAAAGGGAGGAGCCUUGAGCAGAUUCAAGCAGCCAUCAACACAGAACGAUAACCGGAACGCCUCCACAAGUGACUACUCAUUUGCUCUUCCUUGUAGUCUCAUUGGAGCUUGCAUGACACUUCCAAAUUCCGCAGAUUCAGAGAUGGAAGAUGAUUAUGAAGCAGGCGACAACAUUUUUCAUUUGAUAGAACGACGUUAUUGGUGAGAUCUUUCGGUUCAUU